CAUUCGAUGAUUUGAUGGUUUUAUUUCAUGUAAAUUUAUGACAGCAAUACUUUGUCACGGUUUAUUAAUGUUCUCAACAUGGCGACGCAAGACGGUAGUGACGAUAUCAGGACUUUGAUACUAAAGUCUUUAGAAGAAAACUCCCAUAUUCGGGAAUUAAAGUUUGCUAGUGACUCCAGCAAUGUUGUUCUGGAGGAAAUGGAAGGGGGAAACCUGAACUAUGUGUGGAGGGCAUUUUCGUCAUCACAGCCUCACAACAGUGUGUUUGUCAAGCAAGCUCCUCCCUUUAUUAAGUGCCUUGGUGAGGACUAUCCACUGGACUCCAAGCGAGGACAUAUAGAACACGAGGCUGGACGUAUGUUUAUUUCUCUGGCUCCAAACAGUGUUGCACGACCCUAUUACUACGACAGCAAGAGAGACCUUGUGUGUAUGGAGUACCUGGAUGAUUUCCACGUCUACAGGAAUGAGCUCAUGUCAGGCCUGCUGGACAAAGACAUAACCAAGAAGAUUGCACGAGACAUAGCGAUCAUCCACCGAGACACACACGUGGGCAAGAUAGGGGAGUCUGCCCUCAAACAGCUUGACGAGAAGUUUGAAAAUACAAGCCUCAUAUCGGUGACCAGUCAGUAUAUUUUCACGAAGCCAUUCAUCAGAGACGAGCCAACAAACAGGUACUCUGACGUGAUCAGAGGCAAGCUCGGCUGGAUAUACGAGGACCAGGAGGUCCUGACUGCAGCGGAGAAAAUGAAAGAAGUGUUCCUCAACAAGAAGGAGAGUCUGAUUCACGGUGACCUUCACACUGGGUCCUUGAUGGUCAAGGAGAGUGAUUCAAGGAUGAUAGAUUUGGAGUUUACGUGCGUGGGGCCGUGUGCGUUUGACCUCGGCUGUCUCAUUGCUAACUACAUCUUCAGCUACUACCAGCACAUGAUGACUCCGGAGAACAAUGACGAACAUCGCAAGGUUUCUUACGUGCUGGUCGACAUCUGUCAUCAAACUGUUGCUGAGUAUCUGAAAACCAUGACAAGUCAUGUAGGUGAUGAGGACACAUAUGUAGCAAACUUCAUGACCGAGGUGGCUGGAUUUGCUGGAUGUGAAAUUAUUCGAAGAAUCCUUGGUACUGCCCAUGUUGCAGAUUUAGAGUUGCCAUCUGCUCCUGGUGCGGAUGUUGAAGCCUUGGGCGCAGGCAUCCGUCUGAUGAAGGCGUAUCACCGCAUACACAACAUAGGCAUGCUAAUGGUCAUCGCUCUUAUGCUGUCUUAACAGUCUGUGACCAAACUAUACAAACUUUAACUGAAGGAUCUGCUGCUUGCUACAUGUCUGGGACACUUCUGUGCUAUAAACACAGAUAAAACGGGAAAUCUGUAAUUCUGCCAAAUCUGAAACAUAGUAUUGUGGUUAGAUAAGACACUAAUCAGAAUCUCACCUUAUUUAUUUUACUGAAGACCAAAGAAUGAAGAAAACUUUUAAUUCUUGCCACUUCAUUAGCUGUUGAAAUAUUUGGAUCAGUCCAUUGGUAGAUGAAUGGGGGGAGGGGGUACACUCAGUCUUGAGAGGUCAGGUUAAGUUAUGAAAGGAAAUGCUAUUAUCAUGUACACUGGAUCAUUCAGUUGCAGUUAAUCACAACUCUUAAGUAACUCUAUAGGAUGUACACCACCAAAUCAAAUCCCAUAGAUGACAAUAGUAACAUAUGUCGCUAAAACUGCUACAUGCAGCAUAACAAUCACCAUUCAUAUACACCACCCAUAUAAAUACUACCACCCCUCACCCCUAAAGUCAAUCAGAAAAAAAUUGGGGUUAAGCUGCUCAUUUCAGAGAGAUUGGAUAGCGUCUAUGACAGCUCUAGUUCUGCACAAAACUUGUGACCUUAUUUUUAGUAGGAUUCCGCACAUGUUUCAAGCACAACGGUAGUUGGUACAUUGACACUAGUUCAAAUGAAAUUGCAGGAAUUUAGUAGCCAGAUGAACCAACAUUUUAUCACAACAAACACUCACAUUUAUCAACAAUGUCAAUGGCAGGACUUGUGGUAUUAACUGCUCUAUCAAAAGUUAAGUGCACCUCAAACUUUGACCCGGCCAGAUGUUAUUUGGUUUAGUACUAGCUUUAUGGUUGGUAAAUAUGACAGGAUAGUAUUAAGGGUUUUGUGGUUAAUUUGAAAAAAUAAAUUGGCAUUCUGAUAAUAAAUAAAUCAUCAGUUAUUGGUGCUGUACAAAAUGUCUGAAAUUAUUACUCGGGGGAAAAAAAAGAAGAAAGAAAUGUUUUCUUUAACGACGCACUCAACACAUUGUAUUUAUGGUUAUAUGGCGUCAGACACAUGGUUAAGGACCACACAGAUAUUGAAGGAGGAAACCCAC